AACCACCUGCCCCCCCAGCCUGGCCGCCAUCGAUUCCCAUCCCUACCAUCUAGCCAACCGUCGUUCGAUCCUCGUUGGACCCUGGUCCCAAGAAAAAGCAACCUCCUUUCCUCCCGUCUUGUACACAAACCCCUUUCUGUGCGCAAAGAUCCCAUCGAUCGGUCUGGGAGCUCGACUCUGAUCCUUUCUCCAUCUGCCGUCCCUCGGAAUCUCGUCUGAGCUCGCUUGCGCCCUUCCCGCUACAUACACCCGGAAUCCACUGUUUACCGUUUAGAGACAAGGUACUAAGAUGGACAACAACAACCGCCCCCAUCUCAACCUGGGCACCAACGAUACCCGCAUGGCUCCAAACGAUCGUACCUAUCCCACCACCCCGUCCACCUUCCCCCAACCCGUCUUCCCAGGUCAACAAGCCGGUGGUUCCCAGCAGUACAACCAGGCCUACGCCCAGUCCGGCAACUACUAUCAACAGAACCACAACGACCCCAACACUGGUCUCGCCCACCAGUUCGCCCAUCAGAACAUUGGCAGCGCCGGAAGAGCCUCUCCCUACGGUUCUCGUGGCCCAUCUCCCGCUCAACGCCCUCGCACAUCCGGAAACUCUGGCCAACAGCAAACCUACGGCAACUAUCUGAGCGCCCCGAUGCCUUCGAAUACCCAGACCGAGUUCGCUCCCGCUCCCGAGCGGAACCCCGACAAAUAUGGCCCCAAUGCCAACAACAACCAGAAGAAGUGCUCACAGCUGGCCUCUGACUUCUUCAAGGACAGCGUCAAGCGCGCCAGGGAGCGCAACCAAAGACAGAGCGAGAUGGAGCAGAAGCUCGGUGAGACCAACGAUGCCCGCCGUCGCGAAUCGAUCUGGUCAACCGCUGGCCGGAAGGAGGGCCAGUAUUUGCGCUUCCUGAGAACCAAGGACAAGCCCGAGAACUACCAGACCAUCAAGAUCAUCGGCAAGGGCGCUUUCGGCGAGGUUAAGCUCGUGCAGAAGAAGGCUGACGGCAAGGUUUACGCCAUGAAGUCGCUCAUCAAGACGGAAAUGUUCAAGAAGGACCAGCUUGCCCACGUCCGAGCAGAAAGAGAUAUCUUGGCCGAGUCGGACAGCCCAUGGGUUGUCAAGCUCUACACCACCUUCCAGGAUGCGAACUUCCUUUACAUGCUCAUGGAGUUCUUGCCCGGUGGUGACUUGAUGACCAUGCUGAUCAAAUACGAAAUCUUCUCGGAGGAUAUUACCCGUUUCUACAUUGCCGAAAUCGUCUUGGCUAUCGACGCGGUCCAUAAGCUGGGCUUCAUUCACAGAGAUAUUAAGCCAGACAACAUCCUUCUUGAUAGGGGCGGUCAUGUCAAGCUUACAGAUUUCGGUCUCUCUACCGGCUUCCACAAGCUCCAUGAUAACAACUACUACACACAACUGCUCCAGGGCAAAUCCAACAAGCCGCGCGACAACCGCAACUCGGUUGCUAUUGACCAAAUCAACCUGACGGUCAGCAACCGUGCACAGAUCAAUGACUGGAGACGCUCCAGACGUUUGAUGGCCUACUCGACCGUCGGUACACCAGAUUAUAUUGCUCCUGAAAUCUUCACUGGCCAUGGUUACUCGUUUGAUUGCGAUUGGUGGUCUUUGGGUACCAUCAUGUUCGAGUGCUUGGUCGGCUGGCCUCCUUUCUGCGCCGAGGAUAGCCACGACACUUACCGCAAGAUCGUGAACUGGAGGCAUUCGCUUUACUUUCCGGAUGACAUCACCCUUGGUGUAGAUGCCGAGAACCUUAUCAGAAGCCUCAUCUGCAACACUGAGAACCGUCUCGGCCGUGGUGGUGCUCACGAAAUCAAGAGCCACGCCUUCUUCCGCGGCGUUGAGUUCGACAGCUUGCGCCGCAUCCGUGCGCCCUUCGAGCCCCGUCUUACAUCCGCCAUCGAUACCACAUACUUCCCUACGGACGAGAUUGACCAGACGGAUAACGCCACGCUGCUCAAGGCUCAGCAGGCCGCUAGGGGCGCCGCUGCCCCUGCGCAGCAGGAGGAGAGCCCAGAACUCAGCUUGCCCUUCAUUGGAUACACGUUCAAGCGCUUCGACAACAACUUCCGAUGAUUGCGCUACGUCUUCUCGCUGUCUGAAUAAUGAGUAUUGGUUUUCUUGGGGGGGAAGGGGGCGUAAUAGUGAUGGCGAAAGGGAGAAGAGGUUGUGCUGCGGGGCGGCAGUAUCUGGGUACCCCUUAUACUUGGCUUUGACGUCUUUGCUAGCUCGCGGUGCUGUUGAAAUAUCUGAUGGCAGAGACGCUUUUGCUGAUAGUAGGCGAAUUUUCCAUUCCGCAUAUAUGGCUGAAUAAGUACAGAAACAUAAUGUAUGGACUGCAUCUUCUGGGCGAGGAACUGGGAAGCCCUGAAGCGAGCAACGGGGGAGAAUAAAAACGGCAAGAGACAUGAAUGUUGCGUAUGGCGUGAUGAUAGAGAUGUUUGCAUAUCUAGUAACCGAAUCGAGCAUUCGCUUG